CAAAUUUGGAAUCUACCAGCUCAUCAUUCUGGGCUUAUCGCAAAAUGGAAGAAGGGUGGCUUAAGGCUCGCGCGAACCAUGGCAGAAUCGGACAGUAUCUGCUGACAAACGACUCAGUUGGGUGCGGCACAAGCAGGCGCUUCUCCUCCCACCCCCACCCCCGAGCGCCAGAAAGAAGCUGCAGUUUGCCACGCGGGAGCGAGGACUGCGAUGGCUUCCUCAUGCGCCCACCCACAAAGUGCCCCUAUCAUAAGCCUCUUGGUUUUGAAUCAGCAGCUGUCACUCCAGAUCAGAUAAGCUGUUCCAAUCUAGAGCAGUACACUGGGUGGUAUGCUUCAUGGACUGCAAACAAGGCCCGACUUAACGGACAAGGAUUUGGGUGUGCCUGGCUCUCCAAAUACCAAGAUACAAAUCAGUGGCUGCAGAUUGACGUGAAGGAAAUUAAAGUUAUUUCAGGAAUAAUUACACAGGGAAGAUGUGAUGCAGAUGAAUGGAUGACAAAAUAUAGUGUGCAAUACAGGACUGAUGAGAAUCUGAACUGGGUUUAUUACAAGGACCAAACAGGAAACAAUCGGAUUUUCUAUGGAAAUUCAGACAGAUCAUCAUGUGUGCAGAACCUUUUGCGCCCACCCAUUGUUUCUCGUUACAUAAGGUUGAUACCCCUUGGCUGGCAUGUGCGCAUUGCUAUCAGGAUGGAGCUGCUGGAGUGCAUGAAUAAAUGUGUUUAAACUUCAGAAUCAUCUGGGAAGAAACAGUUUUUUAAAAAGAAAGAUAUAACUGUAUAAUUAAUACAACAAAUAAAUUCACUGACUAUGAGUUCAGUAUCUAUUAAAAUUAUACACCUUAUCGAAUACCUCCUGUGACUUAUAUUCUCUGCAGCUUCAGGAAGUUAAUAUAAUUAUGUAUAUUAAUAAAAUAAAUCAGGAUGGAAUAAAUUGGAACCUGUAUUACAUUUUUGAAUCCAGGAUCUUACACCUCAGUAAAAGGAAAGCCAUAUGUUUCAGUGCAGAUAAAAAAUGGCUUCUACAAAAAGAAAUAUAGAUUUCUUACAAGUUAACCAAAGAUGACUGUAGGUUCUGGUAGACAUUAUACAAUAUAUGUUCUUCAGAGCUUUAGUGUGCAUUCUCUGAAGAUAUUCCCCAUUAUGUUACCAUUUCCCAAAAAUAGAGGAACAAAAGUGAGACUGACCAAUGUAGAUCAUCAUUCCAUUCUUAUGUGAGGAACUGUGGUAACAUUUUAUUGCCGUGCUAUAUCGCCAGUAGUCCUGAUUUAGUGAUCACAACUGGGACUGGCAACUCAAUCAUUAUUCAAAACAGUAAUUAAGUGAAACCAAAACUGCUCUUAUGAUUUUGCUUCAGCUUUCCUUUGCUUUACAAACCUGCAAAGGUUGUAAUUAUGAGGAUUGGUCAUAAAGUUACUUUUUAAUCAUUUUUCCAACGGUGAAUGGUUGGUAAAUGAGGUACUUACUAUAUGAGGACUACCUGUGUAGUUUUUCCUAACUUGGGAAUCUUUAAAUGUGUGCAUUUUACAAAUUCCAAAAUUUCACCUUAUUUGGCCAAGAAGGAAUGCUUCCCAAAAGCCCCUACAGUAAAAAAUCAUACUAUUUGGACAGUCUUAUUUCUAUGAUUGGAUAAACCAACCAAGUGAAGACCUUCACGUGUGUUAACCUUUCCCUAAAGAUUGCAUUUUCCUUCUCUGAACAUUUUUCUUAUCAAAACAAUCUGUUGAACCAAUUUUAAUUUUAAGAGAAAAUCCUAUAAAUACACAUACAGUACAUGCACGCAUACACACCCACACACCCACCCUUCUGUAUUUCUUCCAACCGUGAAAGGAAUGCUAUAAAAUAUGGACCUAGGCUUUCUGCAAUUCUGUAUUGUAUAUUCAUUUAAAUUCAAUCAGAUUAUAGGAAAACAUUACUUAUAAUUUAUUAGUGGUAUUUUAAUCUUUAUACUCUGUUACACUUCCUUUCAGAUUUCUAUUAAAUUAAGUAUGACUACAGUGUCCUAGAUUUCAUAAAAUAUUGGUAGAAGUAUGGUAUUCUUCUAGUAAUAAAUGAAUAUUCUGGCUGCUAAUGAGUUAGAUAUUAUGUGAGUAUCAUAUGAAUCACGUCAUAUAGCUAAUGUCAAUAAUACUACAAUUUUCUUUUAAUUUUCUUUAGUUUUUUAGACAUUCCAAUUUACAAAUCUAAAAUUAUGCAUUUAGAUUUGUGUUUAUGUAGCAAAUUCAGUGUGUGAUAUUGUAAGCAUAUAGAAUAAUUAUCCUACAGGAGUUCGGUGAAAUAAAUGUUACAUAGAUGUACAGAGGUAUUUAAAUGAUUAUUAAUAAUUAUUAGUCAUAAUUAUUGAACUUUUAAAUGUAAGAUCAUUCAAUUUAAUAAAGACAAAGCUAAUUUUA